AAAUCACCUGUGAUCCGCAUAUGUUUCCUUAGCCAUUACUUUACAGUUAACAAACUAUUAACAUCCGUCACCAUCAUUGAACCAUUCACAGUUACAUGUUCGCAACUUAUUUAAGCAAGCUUUUCAUUUUUUUCUUCCCAUCAUAUAUUGCAUACCAAAAGAAAAACAAUUGGCUCUUCUUCUCUUCACGUUAGCUGUUCAAGACAAAUUUAAACAUUGGGUUUUGAUGGCUUUGAUGAAGAAAAGCUGCAAAGCUAAAGUUUGUGGAAGGAAGCAUCAAAGGUCGUGGAAAAGGAAGCUCCAGGUAGCUAGCUGCAUUCUCCCGCCAAUUUAUCUAUUUUUCACAGCUUUAAUUUGUUGAAGAACUAAAUUAUACUUCUAUUUUUCUGGGAAUUUUUCCUUCUGCAAAACAAAAUUGGAUAACGAGAAAAGAGAAAGGAGAAGAAAGUGAAGAGAAUGAAAGCAGAUGUGAGAAAGAUGAAAGCAUAUGUAAAGCGAUUGAAAGAUGAGGAAAGGAAUGCGAAGGAAGUGCUGGAGCACAAAAAACUGGAACUGGCAAAGAUGAGGGAAGUAAACGGGGUGGUGGCUGAGGGCAACGCCAGUAUCCAACUCUGCCUGGAUGUUAUUGCUAUGCUUCUGGGUCCUGGCUCCUACUGAUGGAAGAUGAAGAUCCUGGCAUUGGCGCAGACUACCUUUCCCGUUUUUAGUGGUAAGGGCCUGUUUGAUUAAAGUUUUUGAGGGAAAUGGAGGCCCAAAAUGACUUUCUUUGUUUGGCAGUGGUUUCUCGGGAAAGUCUUUUCUCCCAGGAAACGAUUUCCAUCAGGGAUCUAAUGGCGUGGGGAAUACAGCAGACCAGCUGGCAGUUGUCGUAAUUGAGAAAUAACGACAUAAAUAAGUCAAUAAUAAUUUAGCUUGGUUUGUGGCUUUAAAUAUAGUAUGCCAUUUCUGUGCUUGUAAAGUUGUAAUAGCUUUCUUAAGAUGUGGGGACCUUGCAAACAUUGUAAUUAAGCAUGUAUGUUCAAUGCUUUUGUGUUUGUCUGUCUAUUGAACUUCUCUUAUUGUACUAGUGCAAUUGGUUAAAAUGCACUUUUCUUCAACGUCAUGUACAUCUGUUGGGUUGGUUUCCCCUAAUUUCAUAAAUGUAUCUAUAUCGU